CCUACUCCCUCUGUCUGGCUCAGUUUUAGAUCUGUGCGUCUGAUGAAGAAUGACACCAUGAACUUCCAGAAGUUCUCCUACACUAAUGAAGAUGAAGCCUGGAAAACCUACCUGGAGAACCCCCUGACCGCAGCAACUAAGGCAAUGAUGAGGGUAAAUGGAGAUGAUGACAGUGUGGCUGCCCUGAGCCUCCUCUAUGACUAUUAUAUGGUCCCAAAGGAGAAGAGGAUUCUUCCAUCGGGUAUGAUGGGACGUAAUGAACUAGGAAAGAGGUGAGCUUCAUUUUUUGC